GGGGGAAGUGUGUGGAAUCUGAGAUACCACCUUUCAAUGUAACUGACCUUUCUUCAAUCCCAUUUCCUAUUUCCCCUCCCCAGUCCCCACCCUCUGUUUGAUCUUAUUAUUCAAUUCAAAGCUCGUACCAAGUUGUGGAUAAAUCACAAAUGGCUUCCAUCCCUGACUUCUUCAGAACAGUGAGGGAAAUCAAAAAGCAAAGUUUGUUUAUACGACACAUGCGUGCUUGUGAUCCAAUUUUGACUCGACCCACCGAUUCCGCCCCUUUUCGUUCUUUUCGUCCCCUUUUCAAACUUCUCUGCUCCCCCGUCUCUCCAUAAAUGGUUCGAUUCAGGGCUGCUGUCAAUGGCCGGGAAGUUAGAAGCCGUUUCUUUCUGUUGGUCAUCUGGGUUCCAGAUUGUGAGUGGAUUUGGUCUCUGUUUCCCACCUGAGUCGACUCGUUCGGUUCGUAGAUAUACGGAGUGCAGACUGCAGGGAACUUAAGUAUAGAGAGAAAAUUAGAUGUGAAGUAGAGACCUUUAAGUAAUGGGUAGUUGAGAGAUCGGUGAUUACUCGGAGAUUUUGCAGGUUUGCUCGUCACGGGAAGUCGCACAAGUUCGUUGUUUCUUUCUUCCGCCUUUUUUUGUUUCUCUUUCUCACAAGAGAAGUGCUGCGGAGAAGUAAAAGCAGGAAAAGGGGGGUAACUUGUGGAAGGAAAAGAUCCAACCUUUAGCAUAGAUUUAUCUGGUUGAAGCAAUCCGGUCUUCUGGGUAGUAUAUAACAGCGAGCAAUGGAAGUCUAGGAACAUAGAAGAAAGAAGGGAAGUUUGUUUUUGGUCUUCUCUCCUUUGUUUUCCAUCUCGGUUCUUCUUUGCUCCAUGGAUUAUUCUGGAGUAGUUGAAGUUACCAGGGAUAGAAAUGGGAUUGAGGAGAUUCUACUUCGCAACCCUCGAGGAGCCUCAACAAGGGUGAGCUUGUAUGGAGGACAGGUUCUUUCCUGGAGAACUGACCAAGGAGAAGAACUUCUCUUCACUAGCAGCAAGGCAAUAUUCAAGCCACCCAAUCCAGUUAGAGGAGGAAUCCCAAUAUGCUUCCCUCAGUUUGGCAAUCGAGGAGCUUUGGAGCAACAUGGAUUUGCUAGGAAGAAACUGUGGGUAGUCGAUGGCAACCCACCGCCAUUACAUCCCAAUGAUUCCUAUGGCAAAUCCUUCGUUGAUUUGCUCCUGAAGCCAUCUGAAGAUGAUCUCAAGAUGUGGCCACACAGCUUCGAGUUCCGCCUAAGGGUAGCAAUAACAGCAGAAGGGAACCUAGCCAUGGUUUCGCGCAUCAGGAACAUCAACUGCAAGCCUUUCAGUUUCUCCAUUGCAUACCACACCUAUCUCUCCAUUUCAGACAUCAAUGAAGUGAGGGUGGAAGGAUUGGAAACUCUUGAUUACCUCGACAACCUUCUUCGAAGGGAACGAUUCACAGAACAAGGAGACACCUUGACUUUUGAAUCCGAGGUGGACCGGGUUUAUCUGAGUUCAUCAGAUGUUAUUUCUGUGUUUGAUCACCAGAGCAAGAGAACAUUUCAAAUCAGAAAGAAAGGGCUCCCUGAUGUUGGUAAAACAGUCUAUUUCCCCCACCCACUUCUUCCUUUCCUUUUUGCUUCCUGAAGUUGCAAAGAAUUUCAAGUAUUUUCAACCAUCCUUCUUCCCUGUAAAAUUCCCAACUCCUUCCUGCUACAGUUGAAAGCUGGUUUGUUAGACAUGGCAGGAUACUUGCAUUCCAAGAAAUCGUGCAUCUUCUAGUGGGAACUGUAAGAAUACAAUAUAACUCAUCAUUCUGUCAAAAUCUGCAGUGGUGUGGAACCCAUGGGAGAAGAAAGCAAAGGCAAUGGCAGAUCUCGGCGACGAAGAGUACAAGCAGAUGCUGUGUGUUGAUGGAGCUGCGAUCGAGAAGCCAAUCACGUUGAAGCCCGGUGAGGAAUGGACCGGCCGUUUAGAACUCUCCCUCAUCCCUUCAAGUUGAUUGCUGCAAUGGUGGUCACCAUCAGAAACUCAUAUAUAGUAACCUUCUUUAUCUGAUUCAAACAAGUAAAGAAUGCAGAUAUGGACAGAGAUGGCCAAACAGAUAAAACAGACCCUAAUAUUUGACAAAGACUUUGACCAUUCUUUGUACAA